GAAAAGGAGAGGGAAAGAAAGAGAGAGAGAGAGAGAGAAGCUGAAGAAAAUUCUCGGAGGAGGUGUUUCCUUCACUCAGAUAACGACAAAUUGUAUGUACAUUCCGUAAUUUAUUUUGGACAAGUACUCUUACGCGGUGUAAGUGAGUACCUUGCAAGUGAAACACGCUUAUUCAGACGAAUAAACGAUAAUGGAUGCAUUUGGCGACAAUUUUGUCAACGAGCCAGAAGUAGAUCCAGCGGCAGAAUUCCUGGCGAGGGAGCAGGACCAAUUGGCUGGUUUAGAAGAUGAGAUUACUCCGAUGGCUGUGACUCUGGCUGCAGCGGCAGCAGCUGGUCAAUCUGAUGAUGAUUUAUCUGGGAAAUUUGGAAAUUUAAAAGUUGGCCCAGGUGGUGAUGCUGAAGGCAGUUUUGAAAUUGUAGACACCAUUGGUCAGUCAACAGAAGCACAAGCUUCAACAGAACCACCUGUACCUACACCGAUCAAAGAAGAACCUGAGAAGAUUAAAAAAUGGAGAGAAGAACAGAAAGCACGUCUUGAAGAGAAAGAUGCCGAAGAGGAAAAGAAAAAGGAAGAAUGGAGAGAAGCUGCAAAAAAAGAGUUGGAAGAAUGGUAUAAACAUCACGCAGAAGCCAUUAAUAAAACGAAAACUACUAACAGGGAGUCGGCCAAGAACGCGGAGAAGCAAUUCGUUGCAGAGGCAGAUGAGGUUGAACCAGGCACUGAAUGGGAACGCAUUGCCAAGCUUUGUGAAUUUAAUCCAAAAUCAUCCCGCACUUCCAAGGACGUCUCUCGGAUGCGCUCGAUUAUCUUACAAUUAAAACAGACACCGCCCACUCCCAUUAACGCUUAAUUAAAUUGAAGGAGCUGUUAGACACUAAAGAUAUGAAUUAUGAUAAAGAAAUAAUUGAGAAAAUGAUUAAGAAAAACGAAAUAAUACAUAAAUCAUGUGAUUAUGCUUCGUUAUAUAAACGAAAAAGAAAACUCAUAAAUGUUCUGUUAAAAAUAAAAUAUGUAAUAUUAUAUUAUGAAUAAUAAAGAUUAUUGAUAACAAAUGCAAUAAUAAUGAAAAACGUGUAUUUCUAAUGUAAGAUACAACAAAGGAAGAUUCACAUCGGUAAACGCAUUUGUCAAUAAGUGAGUAUUUAUUGUAACUGCAAAGAACGAUGAACAUUAAAAAGAUGUAUACGCUAA